GCAGCUCUCUGUUAGACCACAGACUUGCGGAACCGAACAGCAUUUCACUUGGAGGACUGAUCCCAGACAUGAAGCUCUGUCCUGGGAUAGGAGUUCACCGUCUCCUGCCUGUCCUGGUUCUCCUGGCAGCCCUGGUUGUUAAAGCGGACCUGCAGAGAUCCAGGGAGAGACGCUACUACAUCGCUGCUGUGGAGAUCAACUGGAAUUAUUCUGCCAAUGAUGCAAACAGGCAGGAUCCCACCUAUAAGAAAGUGGUUUUUCGGGAGUAUGACGAAAACUUCAGCCAGGCAAAGACUCAUCCGCCCUGGUUAGGUCUGCUGGGACCCACGCUGAGGGCCGAGGAGGGGGAGACGAUUGUCGUCACUUUCAGAAACAUGGCUUACGGCGCGUACAGCAUCCACCCACACGGAGUGGCUUACGGCAAGCAGUCGGAGGGAGCCAACUACUUUGACAACACGUCACAGAAGGAAAAGGAGGACGACAUCGUGCAGCCUAAUGGUGAACAUGUUUACACCUGGGAGGUGACGCCAGAGGUUUCCCCGCUGCCCGAUGAUCCCGACUGUCUCACCUACACCUACAUCUCCCACCAAAACGUGGUGCAGGACUACAACUCUGGCCUCAUCGGCGCUUUGCUCAUCUGCAAGGCCGGCACCUUGGACGAAUCGGGACAGCAGAACGGCCUCCACAAGGAGCUUGUGUUUCUCUUUGGGGUCUUUGAUGAGAAAGAAAGUUUGUACACUCCAAGUGGACACUCUUCAGACGACCACGUCAAAUACACCAUCAACGGAUACACACGGGGAUCCUUGCCUGCUGUAAGUAUAUGUGCCCACGCCCCUGUGAGCCUUCACCUGGUGGGCAUGAGCUCAGAGCCCGAGGUCUUCUCAGUUCACAUGAACGGCCAGGUCCUGACGCACAGCGGCCACAAAGUGUCGUCAGUGGGGCUGAUCAGCGGCUCCUCCACCACCGCCAGCCUGGUUUCUGCCUACGCCGGUCGCUGGCUGCUCUCCUCCUUCACCACCAAGCACAUGGAAGCUGGCAUGCACGGCUUCGUGGACGUGACGAAGUGUGAAGAGUUUAAGGAACCCGUGAGAAGGAUGACAGUCUUACAGCAACGACAAAGCAGGGAGUGGAAAUAUUAUAUUGCUGCGGAAGAAAUAGUCUGGGACUAUUCAAAGGACAACAACAAACACAUUGAUCAAGACUUCAAGCUCCAGUACCUGACACAGUCGGCACGCCGAAUUGGAGCAAAGUACAAGAAGGCUGUGUACACUCUGUACAAAAAUGAAUCAUUCACUGAAAAGGUGGAAAAUGAGCACAGGAAGAAUGAGCUGGGCAUCUUGGGUCCAGUGAUCAGAGCGCAAAUCCGAGACAUCAUCACAAUUGUUUUUAAGAAUUUGGCCUCGAGGCCUUACAGUAUCUACCCACACGGCCUGACUGUAGAAAAGUCAGAGGAGGGAGUCAACUAUCCAGAAGGAGGAAACCAGACCCAUGGCGUUCGGCCAGGUGAAACGCACACUUACGUGUGGAAGGUUCUGGAGGAGAACGAGCCUCUGGAUGGAGAUCCCCAAUGUCUGACGCGUAUGUAUCACAGCGCCGUGGACACGCCGCGGGACAUUGCAUCGGGCCUGAUGGGAUCCAUGCUCAUCUGCAAGAGUCAAUCCCUAGAUGUCAGGAAUGUACAGCUGAGAGCGGACAAGGAACAGCAUGCUGUGUUUUCAGUCUUUGAUGAGAACAAGAGCUGGUAUCUGGACGAAAACAUUCGGCGUUGUUAUGAUCAAUCCAAAGUCAACAAAGCCGAUCCAGACUUUUAUAAGUCCAAUGUCAUGCACACAAUAAAUGGAUAUGUGUUUGAGAGUGGCCCUGAUUUGGGCUUCUGCUAUGGUGAGGUUCCAACCUGGCAUGUGUCCAGCAUUGGAGCACAGGACUACAUUCAGACAGCUACUUUCUAUGGCCAUUCGUUCGAGCUGAAUCACAGAACUGAAGACAUUCUCAGCCUCUAUCCAAUGACUGGAGAGACCAUAAAGAUAACCAUGGACAACAUAGGUUUCUGGCUUUUGGCAUCAUUGAAUACUCAUGAAACAACAAAGGGAAUGCGUGUGAAGUUUCAAGAUGUUGAGUGCUACCGUGACCUCCAAUAUGAGUAUGAGGAGAAUGACAUGAAUGGAGUUGAUGUAUUUACUCAGUGGAAGCCCCAAACUUUAGAAGAUAUCAAAAAAGAAAAGGAGAAAUCAAAAUCUGUACCCACAAAACCAGUGGAGGUCGAUAUCUACACGGACAUGUUUGCGGAUGAGUUAGGUCUACGGUCGCUGAGGAACCAGUCCAGUUACUCAGAUGUGGAGAUACUGGACUUGAGUUUAUUUAACUAUGAUGAUAUUGAUGUUGCUCCUAUGGUCGGCGAUGCUACUCCUAAUGUAAAGGACACAAACAAUAAAACUGAGUUCUUUUCAAAUCAGACUGCAAUGAAUGAUACUCAGUGGAAAUAUGUAGACAACCAAAAUGUUACAGAACGUAAUUUGCACAACAGCAGCAUUAGUAAACAUGCAACAGCUGUACAGAUGAAUAGGACUCAGUCAUUCCUUGACAAUGACACAACUGUUCUCAACAGCGACAGUGAUUCACUGAGCAAUCAAAGCACAGCAACCACCAACAGGACGGUUUCCAUAGUUGCUGUCAGUCCAAAUAAUGCUAGUGUUACAGUUGCUGGGACAAUGAACUCAACAGCUCUCAAUGGUACAGGUUCAGCGCUUCUCAAUGCGACAAGUUCAACAGCCUCUGCAGACAGUGUCAACCUUUCCACUUUAUCCAAACAACCCACUGUCACCAUGGGAGCACUACAGAGGGCCAGUCAACCUACCCGGAAACCAGAGUCUACCAAUCAGACCAUGCCAGUACAAUCACAAGACACUACUAACAUUACUACACCAUUAACAACAAAGACCAAAGAUAAAAGAACAGAAUCAAAUCCAUCUGGCAGUAGCAACACCUCUAUGGACAUAUUCUUUCCCAAUAAGAAUGAGGUGCAACUCACUCGGGGCGAUGUGUUCCUUUACAGUGGGCACGCAACUGACACCGACAUCAACCCAAUAAACAAUCUCUGGUUUCAACAGACUUCAACAGUUGAGGAUGACCAUAACACUUCAACUGAUGUGCCACCCAUUGGAUUGAACCAAUCACUGUCCCUUUUAGGACUUGAUGUCAAGGAAGUUGACAACAGCAGCAUGAUCAAAGAUAACCUCACCAGCCUUGAGUUGGUGGAAACCACAGGAAACACUGAGGGAAACUCUUCAAACAUGACUUCGCAGCAAGAGCUUGGACUACGAAUAAAUGCUACUGAAGGUGUGAGUGUUUCUGCCAACUCCAGCCUUGGGAAUGCAACACAUCUUUUAAAUGUAGAUAAGCUAUCACAAAACGCUACAGUGAACAUCUCCCAAUCAAGUUCAGUGGGGAGGAACUCCGAGAAAGGACUUCUUCCUGGGGAGCUGUCCAAUACUUCUUCGAUGGAAAGUUUCUCUAAUGAGACUAGAGGUUCAUCCAACCAUUCACUUUCUGGUGGUUCUGUGAAGUUGCUGAGUUCUGAGGAGCUCGGUUCUUCAGAAAGUAGUGAGGAAAUAAUUAUCUAUGUUAAAGAAAACAAAUCAGAGGCAAUCAAAACUGUCUCAAUGAGCCCAGAAGGCCACAACUGGACUUAUGAUGGAACUCACUCCACAGUACCUGAGGAGAUUCCCGAUCACAUGAAAAAAUACUUUGAGAACGAACCACUACGGACAACUCCACCUCCCAAAAAGUACAAAAAAGUGAACCUCAGACAAAUACCCAAAAAAGGUGAAGGCAUGAAAACAAGGAGGAGGAAGGUCUACAAGCCUCAGGCCAGGAGUGGCUUACCGUUUUCCCCACGAGGAUUUAACCCAGGGCUCACCCCCCGGGGGGCAAGGCCCAAUUCACCACAGCUUGUCACCAAGGAAGAGGAGUUGAUUAACUUCCCCAUAGUUAUUGCUUUGCCUCGACCUGAUUUCAGUGACUAUCAGCUGUAUGUCCCUGGCAAUGAACCAGAGCAACCUGAUAUGAAUGAAGAAGAUGUGACACAAAAUGAGUAUGAAUAUGUGUCGUACAAAGACCCCUACAGCAGCCAUGAGGACAUUAAGAAUCUCAACCUGGAUGAAACUACAAAAUACUACUUAAAGUUAUCAGGUCCUGAUGUCAAGACAUACUUUAUUGCUGCAGAAGAAGUUGAAUGGGACUAUGCUGGUUAUGGACAGAGGAGACACGAUAAGUCGCAGCAAAAUAUGCUAGAGACCAAAUUCACCAAAGUUGUUUUCCGAGGUUACCUGGAUGCGAGCUUCAGCACUCCUGAUGUCCGCGGGGAGAUGGAUGAGCAUCUAGGCAUCCUUGGGCCUGUUAUCAAAGCUGAGGUUGGACAAAGCAUCAUGAUUGUGUUCAAAAACAACGCCAACCGUCCAUACUCCCUACACCCCAAUGGGGUUUUCUAUACAAAGCAGUUUGAGGGUCUGUCCUACGAGGACGACUCCAAGCACUGGUAUAAAUAUGACAACGAAGUUCAACCCAACACCACCUACACAUACAUAUGGAAAAUCAGUCCUAUGGUUGGGCCAGCUCCGGAAGAGUCUGAGUGUCGGACCUGGGCGUACUACUCUGGUGUUAAUCCCGAGAAGGACAUUCACUCCGGCUUAAUUGGUCCUUUGCUGGUGUGUCGAGAGGGAACUCUGAAGAACAAGCCACUCAACACGAGGGAGUUUGUGCUGCUUUUCAUGACCUUCGAUGAGUCACAGAGCUGGUACUAUAAUAAAAACCAGGAAGUUAUGCAAAGAAAGUACCGAAAACGAGUUUGGGAUGACUACGACAUGGAGAACCUCAAGUUCCACUCCAUCAAUGGAAUAAUAUAUAGUCUUAAGGGUCUGAGGAUGUACACCAAACAGCUUGUGCGGUGGAACCUGAUCAACAUGGGUUCUCCCAAAGACGUUCACAGCGUUUACUUUCAUGGGCAGACGUUCCAAUACGUUAAAACCAAGCGCUACAGGCAGGCUGUGUUUCCCCUGCUGCCUGGGAGCUUUGCAUCUCUGGAGAUGUAUCCAUCCAAGCCUGGGCUGUGGCAGCUGGAGACGGAAGUUGGUCUAAACCAAAAGAAGGGGAUGCAGACGCUCUUCCUGGUUCUAGAUAAUGAUUGCUACCAUCCCAUGGGUCUUGAGUCGGGCAGCGUGAAAGAUGACCAGAUCACAGCCAGCAACUCAAGAGGAUACUGGGUGCCCCAUCUUGCCAGGCUAAAUAACCAGGGUAAAUACAAUGCAUGGAGCACGGACAAGAAAGGUGACUGGAUUCAGGUGGACUUCAAGCGGCCAGUUGUGAUCAGCCAGGUGGCCACACAAGGAGCCUGGCAGUUAUUCCAGCCCCAGUAUGCCACAAAUUUCUCCAUCUCAUACAGCAACGACCGCCGCAAAUGGAUCUUUUACAAAGGCAGCGGCAGAGAAUUCUGGAAGACGUUUCAAGGAAACGAGGAAGCCUCUCAGACAAAGAAAAACACCUUCUUUCCUCCUUUGAUUGGACGGUUCAUUAGGCUCCACCCCAUCACCUGGAAUAAUGCAGCAACAAUCCGCAUGGAGUUCUAUGGCUGUGAGCUUGAUGGCUGCUCCGUGCCUUUGGGGAUGGAGAGUGGGCUGAUAGAGGACAGACACAUCACAGCCAGCUCUGAGGAAUCCAGCUGGUUCGGGGGACUCUGGAAAGCCUCUCUCGGUCGCCUCAACAAGCAGGGCUCCAUCAACGCAUGGAGAGCUAAGCACAGUGACAUGAACCAGUGGCUCCAGGUGGAACUGCCUCGCAUUAAGAAGAUCACAGGCAUCACAACACAGGGAGCCAAGUCUAUGACGAAGGAGAUGUACGUCAUGAAGUAUGCCCUGCAGUACAGUGACAAUGGGAUACACUGGACUUACUACAUGGACGAUGAUGAUGUAACUGUAAAGAUGUUUGACGGAAACACAAACAACAACGACUACGUGAAGAACUACAUCUAUCCUCCCAUCUUCACUCGCUUUAUCCGAGUCGUCCCCAAAAGAUGGUGGAACUCCAUCACCAUGAGAAUAGAGCUUCUCGGCUGCGACUUUGAGUGAAACGUGCUUGUGAAAACACAGGGAGACACUAAAUAAAUGUUUAGGAUGUAGAGGCAGACAUGCAGAAUUAUUACCAACCCUGGAACAUGUUACAGUUUUGUCCCUUUACAACCAGAAACAUUAACGUAAUUUAUUGAGAU